CACACUGAUGGAUUGCAGCUGCUGCUGAAAGAAAGCAAACAUUGAUUCCUCUUGUAACCAAGACCAUGGAUAAACUUGGAAAGCCUGGUUCUGGGUUUGCCAGAACUCGGAUCCCCAGACCUCAAAUUGUAUUCCAUUCCAUCCAGCCUUCUUCCCAUUCGCAGGUCUCUGGCAUUUGCAGCAGAAGUUGCCCUUGCAAAAUGAGCCAGUUUCCUCAGAAGAGUUCUAUGGAGCCCCCAUUGUCAGAGUGCAUGAAUUCCAGAGUAGAUUCUUUGGACAGUUUGUCAAUGGACAAUUUUUGGCUGGAGGUGGAGAACAUCAAACAGAGCACUGAAGCUGAGCAAGAGGAGUGCAACCUUGCAGAUGUCAAAACCCCAGAGGACACUGCGUUUCUCCUCAUCCCUUGCCUCUCAGAGGGAGAAGCCGAAGCUGAGUGGCUACAGGAUGCAGGCCUCUCUGACCUAAUUGGGGAGGACACGUCAGAAAAUGACAACAUAGUGCUGCUCUCCACCUUGACCAAGACCCAGACUGCAGCUGUGCAGCGAAGGCUGGAUACUUACUCGCGGUCACGGCGGAAGAAGAACAAACCACCUGUGCGCGAUGUCAGAGACAUUUUUGGUGUGGUCAGCUCUGAGGAGAAGGUAGUGGAGAUGGAGGAGUCUGACAAGGAUUGGUCUCAGCACAGUGUGGAGACUUCAAACUGCACUCAGAAACCAGAUUCAAGAGGACUCCAGGAUUUUUCUUGCAUGCUCAGAAGCCCUGGAAAAGAGGAGAUAUUCUGUACUGACAUUGCCUACUCGGAGCAAGCAGCCAUUUUGCUCAAGGGAUCAUUUCUACGGGAGCCUAGGAAGAUAAAGGAUGAGAGUGCUCUGACUCAGUUUAAGAUUCCCAAGGGCAGGCUGGGAGUGACCCGGAUAGGAGACUUAUCUUCACAGGACAUGAAGAAGAUCCCUACAUUGGCCCUGAUUGAGCUGACAGCUCUCUGCGACAUCCUGGGCUUGGAGUUAAAGAGGAACAAGGCAGCCAAACAGAAGGCAAAAGAGAAUCGACUCUUUGGAGUUCCACUCAGCACUUUGUUGGAAAAUGACCAAAAACUCAUCCCCAACACCAAGGUCCCUCUGAUUCUCCAAGCAUUGCUGUCAUGUUUGGAAAAGAAAGGGCUUGACACUGAAGGCAUCCUGAGAGUUUCUGGGUCCCAGACCAGGAUUAAGAGCCUGGAGGAAAAGCUGGAAAGCGACUUCUAUAACGGCCUGUUCCACUGGGAUGAGGUCCGCCAGAACGAUGUGUCUGGCUUACUGAAGAGGUUCAUUCGAGAGCUGCCCACCCCUCUGUUGACAGCCGAGUAUCUGCCAGCUUUCGCUGCUGUGCAAAAUAUCCCAGAUCUGAAGCAGAGAUUGCAAGCUCUCAACCUGCUUAUCCUGAUUUUGCCAGAGCCCAAUAGAAACACCCUAAAGGCUCUGCUGGAAUUUCUCAGUAAAGUGGUUGCUAGGGAGAAAAAGAACAAAAUGAAUCUCUGGAAUGUUUCCACAGUCAUCGCUCCGAAUCUCUUCAUGCAUAAAGGACUGGCGAAUAAGAUUCCAGAAGGGAAGGAGAAGCAGCUGGCAGAGGGGGCAGCCGAUGUUGUGCGGAUGAUGAUCCAUUACCAAGACUUGCUUUGGACUAUUUCCUCUUUCCUGGUAGCUCAAGUGAGAAAACUGAAUGAGAGCAGCAGCCGGAGGUACCAGUUCUACGACAGACGGAUCAAAAACUUGCUACGGAAGAUUCACACAGACAAGGACAAAGUGGAGAAGAACCAGGCAGAACCUUCCAAGACAGUGAAAGUACAAACAUCUCUGUUACUGAAGGAUUCACUGGAGGUUCAUCUGAACAAUGGAACCAAAGCUGCUGAUGUCCUGAGGCAGUUUCAGAAACACCUCAGUCAGAAUGGCUGGAGUAUUGUCAACAAAGUCAGCCUCAUCAAACGUAAUGGUGCUGUCGAGUCGAUGAACCUGCUCCUCUAUGAAGUAGGCGGCAAUAUAAGUGAACAUUGCCUGGAUCCAGAUACAUAUCUCUUAGACUUGUACCACAUCAACCCUCAUGCUGAAUGGAUUAUAAGGCAAAAUCCGUCCUUUCCCCGGAUACUCUAGGGAAAACACGAGUGAAAAUACUUUUGUUUCAAGAUUCUGGGCGGGAGCAGAAAGCUAGAACUUUUCUUAAUGAAUGUGACGUCCCAGAAUGGAGGAAAGUUGUUACUUUGGAGUGAAAUAAGCAGUGUUGGUUUGGAAUGUGUUUUACUUUUUCAGUUACAGCAGGCUGAAAAAAAGAGAGCAUGUCAGAGUUGGUAACCAAUGGAAUUCAACAUUAGGUCACAGAAUCCAGAGGGUGUGAAUACUUUUAGUAAUGCACCUGCAAGCAGAGCUUCCGAGAAAGUGGGGGAGAGACCUGUCCUGGAGCAAGAACCUGGUAGAAUGUCUCUUAAUCCUUUUGGGUUUGCAUUAUUCUUUAUUUUGACCACGUCCUCAUUCUGGAGGAGAGAGAUGGUCAAAUCAACUAGCACUAUCAACGGUCUAGUCUCCUUGUGUUGCAUGUGUUAAGUUUCAUGGACUUUUCACUGAGUGUCACAUGUACAGUGCUGGAAGAACUAGACUUGUUUUCACCCCUGCCCCCAUUCCUCAAGUCUCAUGGUUUCCCUGAAAAGUGUUAGGAUACUUUUGGUUUUGUUUGUGGAGGGAUGUAAUGAGUAGCCAGAUAUAAGGAGAGGCUUGAAUCUUCAUGUAACAUCUACAGUUAAAGCUGCACGCAAGAAAGUCAUUGUUUCCAGAAAAACAUGGACUUGGUAUCAGCUCUUCUCAGAGGGACCAGCUGAUAGAAGAGACAUGCCACGGAGGAGCUGCUUGCCUGUCCCUGCACAUGUACUGUUGGUAAUGCACAGUGGAAAUCAUAAUAGAUACACCCAAGGUGUGAAGUGCUCCAGUACUGAAAGGAAGACCAGCAUCUAGUUUUGCUGCUUGAUCAUCUUUGUGAAACCUCCAGGGUAAAAGGUGGCAGAGGAGAAAUUCUGGAACAGUAUUUCAGGAAUUUUUAUUAUUGUAUUUCAAAGAACUUCUGUCCUGAUAUAGGGGCCAAACUGGGCUUGGUUUGGAUGAGUUAGAUCAUAUGUUAAAGCCUACAAAAUCAAUAUUAAUGUGAGGCUUAGUCUGACCUGGCCACAGCUUCUUAUAGUCCUUGCCAGGGUAAAGGUAAUCUAAGUGAUGUAUGGAGAUCAUCUUUGACUACAAACUCCCUCAGGCUACUGUGAGCACCGAAUUGGGCUCUUUUACACUGGCUGCAACCUUCCAUGACUCUGGAGUGUGCAUGCUGUGGGUUUGGGGAGAGCCCAGAAUAGUUACGGCCUGUCCGGUAGCAUGAACAUCUGUGUACUGGUUUCCUUAAGAUCGAAACUGGAAUGCAGCUCUGGAAGAAUACCUCAGAAGUGUCACUGUCCUUACAGUGAUGCUGAAAUCCCUAAAGAAUGAGGGAGCCCACUAUACACACUGGUAGAAUGUGGAAUGUGCAGCAAAACUAUCCGUCUAACUGUACCCCCAGCAGGCAAUAUAAUGUAUUUUAAACAUUCAUGUGGCACAGACAGGGCUGUCCUUCAAGUAUACUUCAGAAAGUCAUCUUCUGCCUAUCCUUAUCCACCCUGGAGACGAUCUCAGUAUUAUUUAUUUCACUAAUUGAGUUGUUUCCAUUGCCAUCUGAAUUGAUCCUCUUUCCGGUUUUCUCAGGCUGAUAUUUAGCUGUUGCUCUUCCCUGUCUUAGAAUCAUAAAAUUUCUUAUAAGAGCACUUCAGGUAUAGAUUUCUUUUCCUUUUUCCAUCCCAGUUAAAUUCUUUUGAGAGGAUUAAGAUGCUUGAGAAACAGCUGAGCCAUAUUCUGUUUAAUUCUUCUUAGUCCUGAUGUCGUUUCUGUAUUUACGCUGCGGACUUUUUAAAAUGUUGUCUAUAUGAGAAUGUCUGUCUGUUUUUUGAUUGUUUUUUAGAUUAAAGCUAUGAUGUGCAGAUGCACGGAUUUCAGGGAUCAUUAAUUUCAUUUCUUCCACUCUCUUGAUCCUCUUUUAAAGAGCCUAAAUAACAAUCUGAAAUUGUAAGUGAAGAUGUUCAAAAGUGGCUAACGACUAUGGUGCCUCAAUUUUGGGAGGGGGGAGGGGCUACUUACGUUACCUUAGAGGGGCCUGGUUUUCAGAGGCAGGAUGCUUCACAACUCCUGCAAAUCAGGCUGCGCUUAGUUUGGGCCCUCAAAACACAAGGGCCACAAAUUACUGGUCACUUCCGAAAAUCUUGGCCAAAGCGAUUGUUAUGAGCAUUAGCAAAAGAUAAGAACAAAAACACAGUGGAGAUUUUCAAAACCAUGAAUACAGUAUUCUAAAGUAAUAGCUGCUGCUGCAUGGUGUCAUAUCUUUGGAUACCAGGGGACCAUCUCAUGAAUAAUGUGAGAGUUAGAAGUAUGUAGAGGAGCCAUUCAUGCCCUCCUAUUACAGGUGUUCGUACUGUAAGAUGCACUCCUGAUAGUUCUCGAUCAUGGGGCUUGCUUUUUUUUUUUUUCCUUCACUCAUAGGCUAGUAUCCUAGGUGGCUUUAUUUAUAUAUUCAGUUGGUUUUCAAUGUAAAACUAGUCUAGUGACAUUUCAUAAGUCAUUACAAUAUCUUUCCAUUGGGAACUGGAGCAGAGCAGUCCUAUCAGAUACAAACAAAUGACCCUCCCCUCCCUCCCAAGCCGAUAAGCAGCCGACUUUGCAUUCCCCCUUUUCCUAACCUCAGCGCGGUUGUUCAGAGAGAUGGCAAGAUAUGAACGCUUCAGAAUGUUGGGAAAUGCUGAUCAAUUGGUUGCUGGGGGUAAUGAUUUAGAGUUAUCAGUAGGAGGGUUACUCCACAUCUUGGGCUAAUUUUUUUUUCAAAGUUUUCAAAUCUGGAUACAAAAUGCAUGCCUCAUUUGCAUGCACAGUUAAUUUAACUGAACAUUCAAAUUAUCCUCAUCCAUUUGCAGAUACAACUGUCUGGCUUGUGCAUGCAAAUUACAGACGUUUUGUGCACUUUUUUGAAAAUUUGACAUGAAAUUGGCAAGUAUAAUAGUGUGCUUUGAGACAAUAGCAGCCCUUUAUACAUGAAAGCAAAAGGCAUUGGUGAACGUUGUGAACAAGGUGUGCUUGUUUUAAAAAAAAUAUAUAGUUCAAGGUACAAAGACGGACAGCAGCAGCAGGAUAGUCCAAAUUGCAGUACAGGACUCUGCUUGCUUUGGUAUGAGGAAUAUUUUAUAGUGCUAUAACAACUAUGCAUUCUGAUUGGCUACAAGGGCUAGAGAGUGGGGACAAAGGAAAAUGCUACUCCAUCACUUCUUCUAUAAAACAACUCAUCUCUGUUUGGUUUCUGGAGAAACUCACCAAAUGUGAAAUAAGUGCUGUGAAAAACAAGGUUAGAGGGAAUAUCUCAUGAGGCAAAUAGGCUAGGAAUAUAAAACUAUAUUCAAAUUGUAUGUCAAACUCCUCAUCUCUGUCCAUAGAAUUGAUGUUCUUUCAUAUUUACAGUUUCUUAAUUUUGUAAAAAAGACCAAGUCUGGUGAGGCUAGAAAAAUGUCACCACAAUGUAAAAGUUUUGUUUUGAAUGUUAGCUUUUAUUAACUUUUUGCAAUAUUUUAAUGGUGUAUUUAAAAUCCACUUAA